AUGGAAGAGAUACUGCGGUCGUUAGGUAUGGAAACUAUUCUUGGUCGUUUUCAAGCGCAAAGAAUGGAGCCGCAAACCACGUUGGCCGCCUCCGAUCAGGAAUUAAUUCGUCUCGGAGUGAGCACGAUUGGGGAACGUAUUCGUCUCCGAGAUGCAUGUAAAAGGAAAGUGGACGAAUGCACUGCUUCAACAAGCCAAGCGUCAGCUGCUCGCGAAGAACGGCUAUCCAUUUUUAAUCCCCGAAGGCACAACAACCGUACUCAGGCACGUACUGCGGCAAGAAGUACCACCAGUGGCGCGAGCAGGAGGGCGGAAAAGAGUCAUUCAUGGACGCCAACUUUUUUCUGCUUGGCAGAUUCCACCGCGUCAAAAACACCUUCAGCAAUGGAGAAGCAAAUUUUGUUUAAAGCUGGUCUGGGCCUGAAGAAAAUCAAGCUAUAUUUAGAGGAUGACGAACAGACAGUUAUAGGCAAAAUUACAUCUGAAACACAAGAUGCUGCAGGAAUUUCAAUAGGUUUUCCACAGUUAAAAACCUGUGGAGGGUUUGAAUUAAUGCGGUGUGCGACGAACUGCAGAGAUCUUAGCAUCAUUAGCUGUGCCUGGAAUGCUAAAGAUCUACGCUCCUCUUUGGGUGGUGGGCAGGGUAAAAUUUACUUGCGGCCUAUCCAGAAAUCUCUUUCAACGCAACCCCUGUUUGAACAAAGCCAGUGCGAAGCAAAAGAGAAGUGUUACAUGUGUAACCAAGAAGUUCUUGUCCGCAAGCUUCGAGAACAUUUGUGGUCUUGCACUGAGGGAUUAAACUCAGAUGAUGAUCUUUUCUCAGACAAUCCCCCUACAACUGGUGAUAGUCCAUCAACCUCAUCUGAUCCAUCCAGUACAUCCCAGCAACCUACCUCUGAUCCAACCAGUACCUCCCAACGACCAUCCUCUGUUCCAUCCAGUGCCUCCCAGCGACCAUCCUCUGUUUCAUCCAGUGCCUCCCAGCUACCCUCCUCUGAUCCAUCUAAUACCUCCCAGCAACGCUCCUCUGAUCCAGCCAGUACCUCCCAGCGACCAUCCUCUGUUGCAUCCAGUACCUCCCAGCGACCAUCCUCUGUUCCAUCCAGUGCCUCCCAGCGACCCUCCUCUGAUCCAUCCAGUACCUCCCAGCGACCCUCCUCUGAUCCAUCCAGUACCUCCCAACGACCCUCCUCUGAUCCAUCCAGUACCUCCCAACGACCCUCCUCUGAUCCAUCCAGUACCUCCCAACGACCCUCCUCUGAUCCAUCCAGUACCUCCCAACGACCCUGCUCUGAUCCAUCCAGUACCUCCCAGCGACCCUCCUCUGAUGUACAUUUACCUAGUGUCUCACAGCGAUCAUCAAGUGUAACAACAGUUGAUUUGGCACAAGCUGCUGAAGUUGAAACAAUCAAUCUUGCCAGCCAAACUGUGGAUGAAGUAGUGAAUGUCACAGUUGCCUUUUGUGAAGAAAGUUCUGUUGCUAGUCAUGUUGAAAUCUUGAGGUAUUUUCAGAAGAAAAUGGUCAUUGGGAGAGUGCUUGAAGUGGAGAAUGUGGCUCAAGCAACAGAGGGAGAGACAAAUUACAUAAAUGUUGAUCGGCACAAUCUCAUGGAAACUAGCUUUGAGGAGAUCAUGUUCCUUGGGGAAUAUAGAAAAACAUUGCAAGUUCAAUUUUACGGUGAAGUAUGUAAUAUUGAUAUUUAA